AGGGGAACAUAUGUCUGACGUCUGUGUCGGUCUGUCCGACAACUCGCCUGAAUGAAAACACAGGAGCGACGCCACUACCAGUGAAGCGGUGGCGACAAAAAGUCGACUGCAGCCGUCCUCUGUGGUAUUUCUUCUCGGGUGUCAACGGUGUAAAUCUUUGAUCAGCGCGCUGUGUGUCGGACGUGACAGAGCAGCAUGGACCCACGAAAAGUGGCAGAGUUGAAGGGCUUCGUGCAGCUGUGCGAGUCCAAUCCCAUGAUCCUGCACCUUCCAGAGAUGAGCUUCUUCCGGACCUGGCUGCUGAGCAUGGGUGCAACGAUCCCUCCCCCACCCAAGACAGAGGGUUCAUGCCAGGGUGGCUGUCCAUGUGGUCCUCCCCCUGCAUCAGCUCCACCUCCUGAGCCUGAGCCUCCUGUACUGUCCGAGAGCGAGGAGAGUGAAAUAGAAAUCGACAAUGAGGGAGUGAUUGAACCAGACACUGAUGAACCACAGGAGAUGGGAGAGUUUGAAAACACUGAGGUCACGGAGGAGAUGAUGGAUCAGGCCAAUGAGAAGAAGAUGGAAGCCAUUAACGCUCUGGGAGAGGGUGAUCUGCAGAAAGCUCUGGAUCUUUUCACCGAAGCCAUCAAACUGAACCCCUGCCUAGCCAUCCUGUAUGCUAAGAGGGCAAGCGUCUUCAUCCAGAUGGAGAAACCCAAUGCAGCCAUAAGAGACUGUGACAGAGCCAUCAGCAUCAACCCAGACUCUGCACAACCUUACAAGUGGAGGGGAAAAGCUCACAGACUGCUGGGCCACUGGGAGGAGGCAGCCAGGGACCUGGCCACAGCCUGUAAACUGGACUAUGACGAGGACGCGAGUGCGAUGCUGAAGGAGGUCCAGCCUAAGGCAAACAAAAUCAUAGAGCACAGACGCAAAUAUGAGCGCAAGAGAGAAGAGAAGGAGAUCAAGGAGAAACAAGAGAGGAUAAAGAAAGCGAGAGAGGAGCAUGCGCGGGCUCAGAGGGAGGAAGAAGCACGACAGUUUGGAGGAGGAUUCUUCCCAGGUCCUGCUGGAUUCCCAGGUGGAGCCCCUGCUGGCAUGCCAGGUCUCGGUGAACUCCUCAAGGAUCCUGAGCUGCUCAAUGCCAUGAAGGACCCUGAGGUGAUGGCUGCCUUCCAGGAUGUGGCGCAGAACCCGGCCAACAUCGCCAAGUACCAGAACAACCCUAAAAUCAUGGCCCUCGUCACCAAGCUGAGUGCCAAAUUUGGUGCUUCACCACAGUCAUAGACAGGAAAAGACUAAAGUGGGGAGGGGAGGAGGUGGUGAAACAAUCUUGAGAGCUGCAACGCUUUUCAACAAUUAUUCCACUGUGUGCAGCUCAAACAUGGGAGCAGGUGACAGGUUAAUUGGUGUGAUGUAGACAAAGUGAGGCUACUUUUUAAAUGUUCUUAAUCGGCCUGUUAGCACUUAGCAACGUCUCAACUAAAGCAACCCGAUGGUUAGGAGUCAGGUCUGAUACUUAGACAACCCCCCCUCUGACGCGUCUUAGCUGGGACUUUACUUAACCGCAGGUUGACAUUUCUUAACCUGUAUCUGGAAAAGCUAAACUGGGAGCUCCUGCAUUAAGAUGCUAGCUCACAAAUAUUUUUACAGCCAUUUAAUACGUGGUAGCCACCGGGUUUUUCUUUCUCUGAACAGAGCCGAACUCUCACACACAACUGUCUGCACUUUUUGUUAACAGAUCUGUUAUGAUUGCAAAAAAAAAAAAAAACCCUUACUGAUCUUGAUGUCUGACCCUGUUGGAAAAAAUGAUUCACAAUAAUAAAACCUCUGUUGCUGCAAAA